CUGCAUUUACUUGCUUUCCAACAUGGCGACUGACCGCACGUAGAAAAACGUUUUUGGGUACAACAUCAAGGAUUAUCGUAACAUUUGGAACACCUGCAUGUUAUUUGGUUCUCAGAAAACCAUCACUGUAACGUCAGUUUGUUUUCACGACUAAUUGGGAGAUGUAUCGUCGCGGACCGGCAACGAAAGACCACAACAACAAACCGGUGAAGAAGGACGUGAGUGACAGUGAUAAAUACGCCGACCUCUUGGUGUUCGGCUAUGCCUGCAAACUGUUUCGAGACGACGAAAGGGCUCUUUACCACGAACAUGGAAAACAUCUGAUCCCAUGGAUGGGGGACAAGAGCAUCAUGAUUGAUAGAUACGAUGGGCGUGGUCACUUACAUGAUCUUUCAGAGUAUGACAGUGGGUCAUGGAAUACAUCCUACCAGCUGUCGGAGGAAGAGGACAGGAUUGAGGCGUUGUGCGAUGAGGAGAGGUACCUGGCUCUGCACACUGACCUGCUGGAAGAGGAGGCCAGACAAGAAGAGGAGUAUAAACGUCUGAGUGAGGCUCUGGCUGAUGAAGGCUCCUACAAUGCAGUGGCCUUCAAAUACAGCGCGGACUACUAUGACCCCUCUCAGCCAACCGAGGAGGAGGAUGCAAGGAAGGAAGCUGAAGAGGCAGAGCCUGAGGAGAGUGAGGAACCGUUUGUUGCUCCCCCAGGCCUCGCUAUCCCUCCUGAUGUGGAACUGCCGGCAACCAUCAAGACCCAUAACAUCAUCGAGAGGACAGCCAACUUUGUAUGUCAGCAGGGGGCUCAGUUUGAGAUAGUCCUGAAAGCUAAGCAGGCCGGUAACUCCCAGUUUGACUUUCUUCGUUUUGACCAUUACUUGAACCCUUAUUACAAACACAUCCUGCGGGCCAUGAAGGAAGGUCGAUACAACCUUGUCUCUGCCAGCAAGCAAGAGCAGUCGCAGGAAUCCAACUCUGAUGAUUCAGAUGAGGAUGGGGAUGGCAAUUACCUCCAUCCCAGCCUGUUUGCCCCUAAAAGGAGCUCUCGCCUGGAGGAGCUGGUAAAGCCUCUAAAAGUGAUGGACCCAGACCAUCCUCUGGCAGCACUUGUACGAAAAGCCAAACAGGAAAGAAAUGGCACUCCAACAAUGGCAACCAAACCAGAGGAAGUGACAGACCCAGCUGCAUCCAGCACACCAGCGCAGUAUACUGCUGACCCAAAUGCAGCAGCGGUGUACUACGGGUACUACAUGCUUCCUGAUGGAACGUUCUGCUUGGCCCCGCCUCCCCCAGGAAUAGAUGCCAGCUCCUACUAUAACAGUGUGCCCUCCGCUGUCAUCGCUCCUCCUACGUCUUCUGGUGCAGUGCCUAAUCUAGGAACUACACCCACCCCUCCUGAAACUAUUGCCUCGGCACCACCAGCUACCGCCCCUUCUCAGGUCACUUGCUCUCCUGCCCCUGCUGUUGUAUCAGAAACCAGUUCGAAAGCCGAAGCUCCAGUUUCCACACCAGCAGCAGCGGCCAUCAUUCCCCCACCACCUGACAUCCAGCCAGUCAUAGACAAGCUGGCCGCAUACGUUGCUAGGAAUGGUCUUAAGUUUGAGGCCAGUGUCCGUGCCAAGAAUGAUCCACGGUUUGACUUUCUGCAGUCUUGGCAUCAGUACAACACGUAUUACGAGUUUAAGAAGAAUUACUUCCUGCAGAAGGAAGGAAAAGGCUUCCCAGAGAGUGAGACAAUAGAUGAUGGUGAUAAGCUUGAAUCAGACACGUCAGUCAAGGAAUCCAAGCUGACAAAAGCCUCUUUUGCCCCCAUCUGUUUUGCCAUCAAGGCAAAGGAAAAUGACAUGCUGCCGCUGGAGAAGAACAGAGUUCGAUUGGACGAUGACUCGGACGACGAUAAGUUAAAGGAGGAGGAGGGGCUGGAAGCUUUGAUGGGUGGGGCUGAGAUGGUUGACAAGGAGCCUCCUCCAGUCAGUGCACCAGAGGAGAAGAGACCCUCCCUCAGUUUGGAGGAAUUGGAGGCAAAACAAGCCAAGCAGAAACUGGAGGAUCGUCUAGCAGCUGCAGCCAGGGAGAAGCUGGCCCAGGCAUCUAAGGAGUCCAAGGAGAAACAGCUACAGGCGGAGAGGAAGAGGAAGGCAGCGCUCUUCCUACAGACCCUCCGCAGCCCCUUUGCUGGGGAGCCUGAGGCCAAGAGAGCUGAGCUAGACUCAUCUGCACAGCUUGAGAUGCAAGAGGCCCUCUCCAUUCUGUCUGACCCUGCAAUUCCUCAAGUGUCUUCUGCACCACCUGCAUAUCCUCAGGAUCAAAGACCACCAAUGGAGAAACAAGGAGCCCAUCGCAGCAGGGAGGCACCAUCCUCCUCAUCCUACAGUACCUCCAGAGGAGCAGCAAGAGACAGAGACCGAGACAAAGAUAGAGAGAGAGAUAGAGACAGAGAUAGAGACAGAGAGAGAGAUAGAGACCGAGAGAGAGACAGAGACAGGAACAAAGGGAGGGACAAGGACAAAAAGAAGAAAAAACACAAGAGGAGGUCAAGAUCAAGGUCAAAGUCAAAGAGCAGACACUCCCUUCCCAGUGCCUACAGGAGAUCACGCAGGUCCCGAUCUCGCUCACACUCCCCGGGGAGAAGGGACAGGAGGGGCCCCUCAUCAGAGAGGAGACGUGAUGAGAGAGAGCGGGAGCGCCAUCAUCCCAGCAGCAGCUCCAGCCUGCCCAGGGGGCAUUCGAGAUCCAGGUCCCCUCCUGAAAAAAGGAGGAGCUCCUUGUCAGCCUCAGGACAAAUGCAAACUGCGGGUUCCUCUCUCUCCCCAUAUUACUCACCCAGCAGAGUUUUAUCACCAUCAGCUAGCCCCGCCUCCAGCCUGGCCCUCUCCAGGGGUGGUUCUCAGGAGAAAGACAAGGCAGUGUCCUCAUCCAUAGUAUCCUCUGUUCAGUCCAAAAUAACUCAGGUGUAGCUACUCAUCCUGGCUGAAAUUGCGCUUCCAGCCCCUGCACUCCUUCUGGGAGCGUAGCCAAGAAUUUAGAAUGCGGAGGCCUUUGCGAGCUUGCCGACUGACUCUGACUCUCUUUGGAUGUGGGAUUUUACCUCUCUGCUGAGGAAGGAGGCAGAGUUAAUGUGCUGUCCUUAAAUAGUUUGUCUUCCAGCACUUGUAAAUUCAGACCAAAAGAGGAGUUACCACUUUUACUGAGGUGCUGGAUCUUAAGUUCAAUAAGUUCUUCCUCCCAAAAUUAAAAUGUAUUAAUUAGUCAACCUCUCCUCUUUUGGGAUCGUUUCAGUAUUUUCUAAUGUGGUUUUUGUCUCCUUGGCUGCAGACUGUUUACAGGUUUUUUUGUUUUUGUUUUUUUUAUCUGACCUUAAAGUGGCUAUAAUGAUAUUUUGUAAUAACAAAUAUCACAUCAGAAUGUGAAGACAAUGUGAAAUGGGUCGCUCAUAGUGAUGAACCUACAGAAAAUUAUCACCUGAAUCUGCUGCUCUCCUCGGCUUUAUUGAGCUUCAUAGUGAGUUUCAGCUUAUUGUUUAGCUUUUCAGGCUCACAACUUUACUUUGGUUCACUCUCACGGAUCUCAUAGUGUUGUUUUCGUGCUCAGCACCAAACGACAGACAGAUACAGUUGGCGACUAGCUGGUGAUCAUAGUGGAGCAUUUAGCGGCUAAAGAGUCCGAUAUUUUUGUCAGGAGUUGGUGGAGACCAAAAACAAAUCUAAAAGAUAGUGAAUGUUGGGCUAGCUCUCCCUUGGUGGACAUAAACACGACUCCAUAUGAAUCGUAAUGUUGCUCUGUAACACCUGGAUGUGUAAAUAGGCAACUGUUUCCCAUAUCGACUUAAAAGGUGAUGAUAUGUCCAUGUUGUGUUUACAACUUGUUUCCACUGCCCUAAGGUGGCAAAAAAUCAGCUAUUGCAGGUUUAACAAAAGAAUGUGGUGAUAUGUUUUUGACUGGAUGACUGCCACUGUUGUCAAGGACAGAAGCCACGGUCCCCUGUUGAGUGUUAAAGACAGCGUAGACACUUCCAUCCAUAAAAUUACUGCAAUUACACACUAGGCUCUGCCUGCAGCCACUUUCUCACAGUUAUCUAUGCCAACUGUCAGAAUGACAAUGCUUUGUGCAUUUUACUUGUCACAUCAGUGUCCUGCUGGAGUAAUGUCACUAUUGUACUUGCAUUUAACAGUAAUUCAGUGUAAUGCUUACAGAAAAUUAUUCCUGACAGAUUUUUGUUGAGGGUUGGCACAGACAUGGAAGAUGGCAACUAUCCUGUAAUGUUCUACACAGGACAACGGCAGCUAGAAUUUCUCCAACUAUGAACACUAUUAGCCUACCCAUUCAUUUUAUGAAUGACAAAUACACUACAUGGCCAAAAAUAUGUGAACAACCGAACAUUACACUCAUAUGUGAUUUCUUCAACAUCUCAUUCCAAAACAAUUGGCGUUGACUAUGCUGCAAUAACAUCCUCCACUCUUCUGAAGGCUUUCCACAAGAGUUUGGAACCUGGCUGCAGAGAUUUGAUCCGAUUUACUGUGUUCCUCAUUUGGGUGUUAGAGCUCACAAUAAAGGGAAUACUGUGUCUGAAUAAGUGUUACACACAUUAUCCACAAUGUAAAAUCACACACACCUCGGCAAUAAAUUGUAACCCUGGUACAUAUUCUCCCUGCUCCACCCGGUUUAAAAUUAUGAUGUCCAAUUUGUGGCUGCUAUCAUGCAGCUUUUGGAAAUGCGCCUUAAUCAAAUGCACGCACACAUACCAGUAGCGGAAGAAAAAUAUGUUGUAUGAUUGGCAAAAAGCUAUAAGCUGGAUAGAUGACUAGAAGGAAAGAAGAAUGUACAGAUCACUAGAUUUAUUUAUUUUUAAAAAAAUGUUUUGCAGUUAUUUUUCUGUGUCACCUCAUAGGAUGAUUGUGUCACUGCUCUCUCGCCUCUUGUUAAAUGAGCAAAAAGGCUCCAAAGUGCUAUCAAUACUUAUGUGAGCUGCAAGCCAAUGCUCACUUCAAUCAGUUAUCAUUUAGACAAAGUCACACGCUGUUCUCUCUUCAAUUUACUGUUUUUUUAAAUUACUUUUUGUCUCUUUCUCCAGCACUCAAGUGCAAUAUUGUUAUAUACUGUUCAUUUACUUAAUUUUGACUGCUGUGGAAACAUGGAGAAACAUCCCUCAAGACAAUUUCAUUUUCCUUGAUUUGUCAAAAGCCAUGAAUCAAUUCCAAGAUGAAAGACAUUUCCGGAACUGUCUCAUGAAUUAAAUUAUAGUGCUCCUUUGCAUUUUCAGCCUAGAUCACCAUAUUUGAUUAAUAAUCCUGAAAUGUCAGUAAUUAAACUUCUACUUGUCACUGCA